ACGAACAGCAUCUCACGCAUCUCCCUGGAGGUGUCUCUAUGAAGACAUUCACCCUCCAAGCUCAUAGUUCACGCUAACGUCUUGCCUAGAGAAUGUUGAGAGUGAUCAUAGAAAGGGCUCACCUGAGCCGUUUUCGAUGUUUCGGUGACGUCGCGAGGACGAAGCAUGCUUGGAGUCCCUUACACUUUCAAUUAUUCUAGGUCGUGUUCAGCUCUAUAAAAAGCGUGCUGCCCUUACCCUCGCCCACGUCUCCAAACGCCCCAGUUCAGCCCUUUGCACACCCACCCUUUCACGAGUAAGAUGUGUCGCUGGUUUGCUUUCAUCAGUCACAACCCAGUCCUGCUCGAGGACGUCCUCAUCGACCCUCCUCAUGCGGUAACAAAGCAGUAUGCUCUUAUAUCUUCAUCUACUUCUACGCAGACUAACGUUCAAUAGAGUGCUUGAUCAUUACCUUCCUGGUUUGAUCCAUCAGACGCCUGGGGAAAGCAAAGAUGAAAUUGAAGCUGCUCAAAAAGAUGUUCAGCUGAGAAACAUCAUGUAUAACAUCGAUGGCUUCGGUGUAGCGUGGUACACGACUGCUCGUGCCGAGUUCGAGCCCGAAUUUACCGAAGGACCUCGUCCGGCGAUGUACAAGACUGUCGCUCCUGUCCUCACGGACCCGACAUUCACUUUUGUUUGUGGCAAUACCUCCUCGAAGACUAUCCUCGCGCACGUCCGCGCGGCGAGCGCUCCUCCUAUCGUGCCGACCAAUAACCACCCUUUCAUAUUCGGUCGCCACAGCUUCAUGCAUAACGGCGGUGUGACCAACUUUGGCAAGAUUCGUCAGGCCGUCAUCUCGAAGAUCAGCAAAGAGAACGUCGCGAUGAUCCAGGGCAACUCCGACACUGAGCACGUCGCUGCGCUUUACUUUACGCGUCUGGGAGAUACAUCUAUCACGCACCCUGUCGAGCACAUGCGAGAUUGUUUGGCAUGGGCAAUCAAGACCGUGCAGGAUAUUCAGGCGCAGGUGCUGACUCCAGAGGAGCUCAAGCAAUCCGCUAACUCCCUGAACCUCUGCACUACCGACGGAGAGCAGAUGGUCGCCGUCCGCUGGCGCAACUCUGACGUCCAACAGCCCCCCAGCCUCUACGUCUCCACUACCGCCGGCGUCAAACUCAAUCGCAAGCACCCCGGCUCGAGCACUGACGGUGUCAGGACCCCACAGGAACUCACUGAGCAGAUCGGGUCUGCCAGGGAGUUGAGCCAUGAGAAGAAUGCGCAUGGGUUGCACCUGAUCGUUGCAUCUGAACCGUCGACGUGGGACCCGAAGGACUGGAAGUUGAUUGACAAGAACGACUACGUGAUGGUGGACAAAGACAUGAACCUGACGGUCGACGCGUUGAUGUUGCCAGAGUGAGUGCUGAGGGAUGGACAGACAGAUGAUACAGGUCUUUGAAUCUAGGGUGUCUCGUACGGACUAUGUGGAGUACCGAUCGCACGAUGUUUCUUGGGACAUACACGUGUUGUCAGCUUCGAAGUUAGGUUGUGUUACGACUUACGCUCACCUGCGUGCGAUUUAAUGUAAAGUAAACUCUGAGCGUGUAC